AUGCCAUAUGGUCCAGAGUGGCGACUUAAUCGGCGAAUCCAAACGUCUCUUCUGAGCACCCGGGCUUGUGAGGCUUAUUGCAUACUCCAAGACAUCGGAAGCAAGCAGCUUUCAUACGAAAUGCUAACAGCCGACAAUUUUACGACACCCUGCCAUCGCUUUACCUCUACUGUUGCGUUUGCUCUGGCCUAUGGUGGAGGGUUGCGCACACACUAUAACCAAGCCAAAGAGCUGAAAGAUAUAGACGAACUUACUAGCCUUGGCUUCCAGGCAGUAUCUAUCGGCAGCUUCUUGGUUGACAUUUUUCCGAUUCUUGAUCGAGUCCCAAUAUUCUUUUCGAGUUGGAAAAAAAGCGCUGAGCAGAUCCAUGAAAAUAUGCGGCAAAAGUUUACUAAAUUGUAUGAUGUUGCUCUCCAAGAUCAAACUUGGAAUUGGGCCCGACAGGCUCUCAAAAAAAGCGAAACUCAGGAUUUGUCUCAUGAACAACGUGCAUUCUCUAUUGGUGAACUCUAUCUCGGGGUCACCCAUUCGAAUCAUAUAGUCUUGGAGGUCUUCGUCAUGGCCAGUAUCCUCCACCAAAGUGCCGUGCAGCAAGCCCAACAAGAACUUGAUUCGGUCAUUGGGUCCCAGAGGUUACCGUUGUUUGAGGAUGCGACAAAGCUUCCUUACGUUAACGCCUUCAUUACCGAAAUACUUAGGUGGUGCCCGGUCCUUCCACUCGGCUUUCCCCACCGCGUCUCCACGGACGAUGAAUACAUGGGUUACAAGAUUCCUUCCAAUUCCAUUAUCUUUACCAAUCAAUGGCAAAUGAACAUGGAUGAGAAAUUCUUCGACAAUCCAGACUGCUUCGAACCUGAGAGGUGGAUACAGAAUCCUGAUCUUCCUCUCUCUGCUUUUGGCUUUGGGAGAAGAAGUUGUCCAGGGGAAUGUUUUGCGCGGUAUACUUUAUUUAUCGCCAUAUCAAGACUCCUAUGGGCGUUUAAUAUCACUGGGUCAAAUAAGGAUGACUUGGCACAUGAAAAGGCAGCAAAGGAGUCAGGCCGUUUGGGUGUUCUUUAUCGGCCUUCCUCUUUCGGAGCACGUUUUCAAAUACGAAGCUCUGAACAUGAAAGGGUUAUCAAACUAGAUCGUGCUGUCGCUGAUGAGGAAAGGAUGCGGGCUUUGGAAGCUAUUGGAAAGACUUUAUUCAGUGAAUAA